AUGAUGAUCAGUUCUGUCAAAGUAGAGAAGUUUGAGCCUUUCGGUAAAGCUUUCUGUUCCCGGCACCCAUUUGCGGCUCUUCCCAAGACUAGCCAUAAACGAUCGAUCCUUGAGAGCGAAAUCGAACCGGUAAGUCAGCCUAUAUCGCCAAAAGCACCUAUUGAACGACUUUUAAAAAGAGAAAUGAACGAUGGUUUGAGAUGGUGUGGCUCCUUAGCUUGGAGAUCAACCCAGUAAAUGAUCGACAAGUUCACCUGAAAUUGAUUAGCUUCUUGCAAUUGAUGACAUCCUCGCUCAAUCAUGUGUAUGUACAUUGUAAGUUUCCGCUUCCCCCUAGAACACGAGCUGUUUUUUAUUCUUUUAUCGAUUCGGUUUAUGUGUGUAACUUUUCCUGUGUGUAAGUGCAAUUAUAGUUUCCAUGGAACGAAAUUUUGUCUGUCAUGAUCAUUUGUGAUCGCUUACGCAAUUGAGUAAAGAGAGGUGACUUCUUAAGGGUAUUAAAGUUUUCCUCGACAAAUUGGUGCAUAUGUCAGUCUUAUAAAUGAAAUCCUCUCCAGAUGUCGAAUUGACUUAAAUGGAAAAUUUAUAGAGAUUUCAACCUGUAGAGAUUUUAAAUCGGGAGAUGUUUAUUAUUGCAACAGCCCCAACUAUUAUUCAUUCUAUUUAUUUUACCCAUGUCCCGUCAAUGGCAGUGCCCCCCCCUUCCCCCACCCCACCUCUCCAACAAGAAAUCUUAAUUAUUAAGGAGUAUGUAUGAGACUAUUCCUUUGAUAAUCUUGCAAGGGACUGUAUUCAAGACUCAAGCGUUAAGCAUUUGAUCAAACUGGGGAGGGGGGAAUUUUUCAACAGGAUCAGUUAUUAGUGACCCAAUUUAAUCACCAGCAGGACAGGGUGUAUACCAUGCUUUAAAUUGGACAAUAUCGCUCAAAAGAUGUGUCCUACUUUUGCUUAAUAUGGUUGUUUAUCACUUGAUUUAUUUCAUGGCAAAGUGGAUACCACUCAGUUCUGUUUCCGUGAGUAGUAAACUCAUUGCAGGUUGUGUUUUUUGAAACCUAAAAUCGUCCAUUGUAAUAUCAUCACUCUUUUUCACCAGACUUGCAAAUGGGUUUUGAGGUCCACAAAAGAUCACCCAGAGUGCUAUGAGGAGGUACACUAUAUAUAUAUAUAUUUCUUUUUUUUAAAUUCCAUAAACAUUUAUUGAAGAAACAUUUGUCCAGAACUAAACUUACAUUACAUUACUCUACUUACAUUUCACAACAUCACUCUAUUACAUUACUGUACUUAUUGGAUUAAUCACUAGUGCUUAUUUCUUACUUAUAUUAACAGUCACUUACUAACAGUCACCUACAGCAUAGUGCUACUUGCAUUACAUUACUAAACAGAACAUGACUUACAGUACAUUACAAUACAAAACUCGCAAUUCACUAGUUAAGCUCACUUGCCUACUUAUAAUUACUUGAAGUACUUUACAAAAAAGGUACACAGUAUGUGUUCUGUUUGCAUUAUGAUUGCUGUAUGUCAAGUAAUGUCAGAAGUGAUUAGUAUGAAACUUCUCAUAAUAUCCUUGCAUUAUCUAACAAACAGGUAAUAAGAAACUAAAACUUAUUAGGUAGGUGUUAUCCUGAUCUAAUACCAAAUUCUUACUAUUGAUUUACAAGAAAAUGUAUAGCAGCUGGAGGAGAGAAUUAACAAUCAGAUCUUGGGAGUUAAAAGGUUAACUCCCAAGAUCUGAUUGUUAAUUCUCCCCUCGCUGCUACACAUUUCCUUGUAAAUUAUUUAUGAGAACUUGGUGCUAGAUCAAGAUAACAGCCUCUACCUGAUAGGUUUGAAUAUUCUCAUCACCUGUUUGCUGAAUAAUGUAUGGAUAUUGUAGGGAGAAGUUUUAUGUUAAUCACUUCUGGGAGUUAAAUGGUUAAGAUAGGGUACAAAUUAUGAAGGGGGACUCAUUUAUGAUUGAGAAGGCUCUUGAUAGUGGAAUGGUCCCUCUUUGAAUUUUUUAUACUGUGGAAGUUUCUAAGUAUAAUUAGUUAUCAUUACAACUAGAACCUUAAGUCAUUGUUCUGGCUUGGAUAUAGCUGACAGGCAUGUUAUUGAUUCACGAUAAGAGGAAACUAUUAUUAUAAUUUUUCCCAAUUAUGUAGAGGAAAUUUUCAUUGUUGCUUUGAUUUCAGUUAUUUAUGCAAGGUAACACCGUUGUUUGGAGUGUUGGAAAGUCUCAGGUAGUGAGGACAGUACAGAAAUGUUAUUCAGCCAUGUCUCUGAUAGUAGAUUGUUUGUGGUGCACAUUUAGCCUUCCAUCUGAAUAUUGCAACAGAGGAGAGAAUCAAGUUUCAUCUGGUUUGGUUCAUUAUUUUAUUUCUUUAGCUGUCAUGCUGGUGAAAUUGUUUUGAACAUGGAUUGUAAAUGAAAUUGUUUGGCACAUGUAUUUUACCCUUAACCCUUUCACUCCCAAGAUCUGAUUAGUAAUUCUCCUUACUAUCUGCCAUACAAUUCAUAUGAUGUUAGUUCAGAGAAUUUGGUAUUGGAUCAACUAAUAAUCCCAUGAUUAAUAUUCUUCUCUAUUCUCAUCACCUGCCUGCUUGAUAUUGUAUUGAUAUCGUAAGGAGAAAUUCUGUCUUGGUCACCUGUGGUAGUGAAAGGGUUAACCUCUCAGAGUGAGUGACCAGCAGUUAAUUUCUCCUCACUGUAUCAUCCUUCAAUCAAAUAUGAACCCUUUACACCCUAACAUCAUUAUGCAUAUUCCCCAUGCUGUCCUCUACACAUUUCCUUGGUUUUAACAAGGAGAAUUUGUAAAACCAUCAAGAGCCAUGUUAGUUGCUGAUCAUUUCCUUUAUUCUCAUGACUUUAACCCUUUCACUCCCAAGACAUUUGAUUCAAGGGAUAGAAUUCUUAAGAUGUUAGUUCAAAAUUUGAGAAAUUAAUAAUCCCAUAACUGAACCUUCUCAUCACCUACAUGCUUUUGUAUUGGGGAUUAAAGGGUUAACAUUUGGUAAAGAGAUAUUAGAACAUAAAGAUAAAGGAAAUUGUCACUAACCAAAGAGGCUCUUGACUUAAAAUGAAUUCUCCUUAUCAAAACCACAGAAAUAUACAGAGAGCAGUGGUGAGAAUAUGCAUACUGAUGUUAGGGUAUAGAGGGUUAAUUUCUUGGACAGCCUGCAUGAUUUCAGAUUGUUUUUGCUGCUUGCGGGGGGUUUAACCCUCUAACUUCCAAGAUCUCAUUAGUAAUUCUCCCUACUGUCUGCUUUAAAAUACUUAUGAUUUAAAUUUGGAGAAUUUGGUAUUGGAUCAACUUGUAGUCCCCUAAUUGAGUUUUCAUCUUUAUUCUCCCCACUAGUCGGCUUGAUUCUGUGUUGAUAUUAAAAGGAGAAAUUCUGUCUUGGUCACUCGUGGGAAUUAAAGGGUUAAAAAAUUAUAUGAGGGGCAUUUACUAUGUUUUUUAAUCAUGCAAAUGACACACCCAAUGAAAUUGGAAAUGCAUUAUUGCACAUUAAUUGUGGGAGGCACUGCAGCCUGAAUGUUGGUUUGCUGGGCUCCCAGUCAAAAGGUCCUGCAGACCUGCCUAGAUCAUUGCAUUCACUUAUUGUGCCUCUUUUCACCCUAGAGUAGAACAUUCCCCAUUCUUGUUUUGUUGUUAAUCUGCUCUGUGAUAUUUUACAAUUUCUAGGGGAAACAUUACAUAGCCUUUGUGUUGUCCAGAAUGACUGUAUUGAUGUGCUGACUGAGGAUGGUGCUCUAUUUACCAUAACCCUUCCAUUUCCAGUAAGUAAUUAAUAGUACUAGAAAUGUUGUUUCAGGAAAAAUAUUGUUUAACUUGUGACUUCACAAAUCACUAAAACAGGACAAACCAUUCAAUAAGUUUUAAAUGAUUCAAUGCAGUCUGACCAAAGUCUCUGAAAGGAAUUUUCAAAGCACAUUAGGGCAUAGUUUGCUAUGGAUGAUGUACAAUAUUAAUUUGCAAUGAUAAAAUUCAAAUCAGGGUAGAUGAAUGCAUAAUUAUCAGUGAUCCUUGAAAACUGAAUCUUCUCAGGCUCUUGCAAGCUAAAAAAUUGCCUUAACCAUUCAACUCCCAAAAGUGAUGAAAAGUAACUUCUCCCUACAAUAUCCAUACACUAUCCUGCAAAAAGGUAAUGAGAAUACUCAUAUAUAUUAAGUAGAAGUUGUUAUCUUGAUCUAACACCAAAUUCUCUUAAUUUAUUUACAAGGAAAUGUGUGGCAGGUAGAGGGGAAAAUUAACAAUUAGAUCUAGGGUGUUAAAGGGUUAAUGUAAAAAGUCACUCUGUUGUCAAUGGAUUCAUUAUUCAAAAAAUCAAUGGAAUUGCAAAUUUCUUUGUCAGUGGUGAACUUUAGAAAAUCAGAUGAAAUUGCCUCUCUUAGUCAAUUUUUCCACAUUAAAAUUCUUAAAACAAAACAAUAGUAGAGAUUUUUGCUGUAAAACAUGACAUUGUUUAAUUAGCUUUGUGUCUUCAUUUUGGGACUGAAUGACCCACAUGUCUUGAAUUCUCUGUCCAGGUGAAACAAGUGGUUGCUUUGCAAGAGGGAUUGUUGCUUGAGAGAGCAACAGCACCAGGAGAAAUCACUGGGCAGAGGAGGUAAUUAAGAGGAACUGAAUAGUUACUUAAAGUGAUGUGAUAGUGACAAAAUUACAAUUUUUUUCCUGGAUAGCUAAUUAUGUCACUGAUUGAGGAUGUUUUAUUUUUUUUUCUAGGGAUGUCCCUACAAUGUUUAGUGUCCUGCAUCCUUUGGAUGAACCAAGACCUAUCACAUCUAAAGUGGAAGGUACUUUCAUGCAUGUAAAUUGUACUUACAAUAGAAAAUACUUUCAAAAUAGCUUCAUGUUCAGUGCACUGAAUUUGCAAUCAAAAAGCCCAUCUUUGUAUUCUAGAAAGGUCACUAUGUUCUUGUGCAGAGAACCUUUAAAGUGGACACUCCCCUCCCAGGAGUAAAAAAUGGUAACAAUAGUGUCAGUAAUUAACAAUUACUCACCCGAAUUGGAGGUGAAUAAUGGUGGAUAUUUACCAAGCCAUGAAGUAGCAAUUUUGUCUUGUCUGCUGCUAGGAGGUGAAUUGUACCUGCUAUUCACUUCUGAACGAACCAGUCAGUGAGCAUGAAAAGCACUAUUCACAUGUGUGGUAUAUACUAAUUUCUGAUAUAAAUAUAGUGGUCUUAUUUUUUCCUUACACAGGGAAGAUCUUCUACAUCUGUGACCCAGCGGUUAGCGUGGUGUUUUCAUGCAGUGAUCCUCCACUAGUCAUGACAUAUGACUUUGUCAUUGGUUUACAUUCAGUAUGGCAUGUGACCAAAGCAACAGCUCAAGUGAGGCUACAUUUCAUUACUAACAGUUCCAUUUGUUUCUUCAAAGUCUGGAUUUUUCUGUAUGAUUUUGAACACUUCCUUUGGUUUUAAGAGACCCAUUUUCUUUGUCCUGAUUUUCAUUUGCACCACUGCUCCUUCAAACCUGUGAUAAGCGUGUUAAUAAUGACUACUGGAGAAGAAAAAUCUUCAAAUGAAAGUGACCUACAUUCCCAGAUAAACAAUGUAAUUAAGGUGGGGGGGGGGAGAAACUGUGGUGCUGCAUCAGUAGGGGAGUAUGAAUAGAUAAUUUUGGUUGUAUCAACUGAGUUGAUUAAAUGUUAAUUGGCCACCGUAAAGAGUUGCAAAGCUGAUGUUUUGAGCAUUAGACCUUCCUCAUAGUGAACUUGGGACACUUCUCCAGAGCAACAUCUAUCAUAUUUUUUUGUCUUUCUGCCCUCCUACAAUCAUUGCAAAGGGCAGUGAAGGCAACCUCUCCCUCUUUGUUAUCUGUUAUUUAGGUGUUGUCAAACUUGCCUUUUGUGUAACCUUAGUUUCAAAAAAAUCUAUUAAUAUAGGAUCUUGAACUGUCAGUUUCAUGCUUACUCUUCUCUCCUACUGAAAUACUCAAGGAGUUGCCUCCUUCCACAUAUUUCAUUUUAAGCAUGAUGUGCCAACCAACUUUUUGAGAAAACAAUCUACUUAUAUAAAUCUCUGGCAAUGCAUGUUUUUCUCAACUAAACAACAAUGCUUUGCUAUUUUUAUAGGACUGCCCAGAAUCUCCAACACAUGUAGAGUACCCUUCAGAAUUACAUUUUAGCAACAUUUUUCAUCAUCCUACUCCAUUGCUAUCAGCUGGUGCUCACUCUCGAUUAUCUGUAGCCACUCCUACCCAGUCCUUCUCUCCAUUCAACCCUUUCACUCCGACAUCAGCUGUCAAAGCUCAUUCUCGUGUCCAGUCUCCUGCACCAGCUCAUUUGUUAUCAUCUGCUUGGAGUCAGAGAUCUUUAAACAUGACAAUAUCUCCUGCGGUUGGUAAGUUAUGACCAUCUGUCUUGUUUUUUUCAGCAUUCAUGCUUUGAAUAAUUCUUCAACCUUCUUGAAACCUUACUCUCCAAAAUCAAACUAGAAAUAUGGUUCUUGAAUCUUGGAUAAACAAGACUUUAAACUCAAUCCUUGAUACCUGAAACUGCUCACACCUUUAGUUAGUAGCACAGGAAUUUAAAUGGGCAUGAGUGAACAUUUAGAAAAAAAGAGAAAUGGUGGGGGGGGGGGAAGGAAGGGGAUAGCCUUAUAAUUUAGGGGGAGUAGUAGUAGUCAUUCAUGUUGACCCUUUAACUCCCAUGAGUGACCAGGACAGAAUUUCUCCUCACAAUAUCAAUUCAAUAUCAACCAGAUAAGUGUUGAGAAUAAAAAAAAUAUCAAUUUGGGGAUAAUAAGUUGAUCUAAUACUUAAUUCCCUGAACCAAUAUUAGAAGAAAUGUAUGGUGAACAGUAAGGAGAAUUACAAAUUUGAUCUUGGGAUUAAAGGGUUAAGGUAACUGGCAGGGAUAAGCUCUGGCUGCGUGGGCCACUGGGCUCAAGUUCUGACUUUUUUGAUUUUCUUUUUGAAAGUCUGUAUUAUCUACUUAAGCUGCAUGGCCCAUCCGGCCCAAGCUUAUCCUCUGGGAAAGGGAGUAUUGCCACUCUCCCCUGGGUGGGGUACUAGUCCAUCAAGGCUUACCCCUAUAGCAUUUUGACAGAUUUUCUCAACAGUUUGCCAAUAGCCAUUUAUACUCUGUGGUGGAGAAAAGGACUGUCAGAGUAGAUUGAGUGUUUUGAACACAACAAAUGUUGUGGCUAGGACACAAGCAUAGACUUCUCAACCCACAGGCAAGCAUGCUAACCAUUCAGAGACUAUCUCCCACACUGAGGAGUGGUAAUACCCCUAAUUCCUUCAUGCAGAAGAAAGUAAAGCAACCUCUGAUGGUAAAAGGCUAGCAGACUUGAAAGACUUAACUUUAACUUUUGUUUUGUAGAUUCUCCAGUAAGGGUAGGACUGAGGUCGCCUGUUCCUUUCUUUUCCCCACCCAUGUCAUGCUUUUCAAGCAAAGAAGAAUCAUCCUGGGACAGCUUUCAGCCAUUGUCCCCAGAUGUUUGCCUUACCCAGGUUUGGCAAGAAACACAAGUGGCUGUCAGGUAUAAUACUCUUAAUAUACUCUUUUUGGAUUGGGAUUUGAAUCAGUAAGUUGUGCUUUUUUGGGAGCAGCGAGUGAUCUCAAAAGGAAAGCAUUGGGACUUUUCAAUAGGUUUCAUGCAUCUGGUGCAGAGUCCACUGACUGUGCAUCAAUAUUAAUCUGUUUUCAAUUGUUAAACUUUUAGUCACAUAUAAGUCUGAAAAUUGUGCCCCAAUUAAAGAGAGAUUUAAAGUUAUUUUGAGAAUGCCAAUUUUACCUUAUCCUGUUUUCAUUCUAGAUAUGGUACAAAAGGGAAAGCUUCCAAAGCAUUCUUAACAAAAGACAAAUCUGGUGCCACAUUUCUUUGUUACCUUCUUGGGCAGUUAGAAAAAUUAAGGUAAUGGCUCUUGUUCAGUGAAACUUAUCACUUAUUUACACACUCUCAUGGAGAAUUUGGAAUUUUAAUAAAUACAUGAAUCUACGAAAGUUAAGAUCAAUAUUACAGGUAUGUGUUUCCACUAAAUAUGCAGAACUGAAAAAUAUUGGACCAUAACCUAUUCAAUGUCUUCUGAAGUUCAGUUAAAAGUGGCUUCACUGUGUCAAAUUAAGCUUAAAGGUGAUGAAAUCACUGAUCCAAGUCAUUUUCAUCAGCAUUUUCAUCAGUAUGUAUAUACUUUAGUUUGAAUCAUUUGUGUCCCCUCUUUUGCAGAGGGGUUCAGGUUAUUCAGGAGAGGAACAGUAUAGAUUUGAACAAUACAUUUGAGAUUCCUGCUAAGGAUGCUGUUCCAGUUGAGGUAACAGUGUAAAGUAAAUGGGGUUGUUCACAUUUUCCUUCUUGCAUGUCUGCCGUCAAUUUAGCACUAAACAGCAAACAGCUAAGUCCUUACUCACUGUACUAUUAAUAAGUUAUAAGGUAAGAACCAAUCAUAAUAGGUCUAUAAUUCAGUUUAUCACCUACAUUACAAGUGGUGAUGUUGUAAAACAAGUGAUAGUACCCUCUGUUAUGUUUAACUUUCUAAAGUUUAUCAGUGGUAUUUUGUUUCUCAUUUAUAGAAAUUAAAUGUGAUGCUUGUUCUGGAGCCAAAUUAUUCACUAGUCAUUUACAGUGGAAUGAUCAAGGUACUGAAAGAAUGGUUUGUUUGAAUUUUAGAUAAGUGACGUAAUUUGGUGUUAUCAACUGAGCUGAUAUGUAAUUUGGCCAUAGUAAAGGGUUUGAAAGCUGGCGUUUUGAGUGUUAGCCCUUUGUAAGGGCAAAAGACACAGGGUUAAUGCUCAAAACUUCAGCUUUUCAACUCUUGACAGUGGUCAAUUUAUGAUAUAAACUCAGUUGAUAAUACCGAUUUACCCCGUUAUACUCUCCCACUGACACAGCACCACAGUUUCUCUUGAAACUCACCCCCUUUAUAAUAAUAAUAAUGAUAAUAAUAAUAAUAAUAAUGAUGAUGAUGAUAAUAAGAAUAAUAAUAAUCAACUUUAUCUAACGAGGGUUACGCAAAGCAGUAAAUAUACUGAAGAACCAGUGGCCCUUAAUAAAUAGUACAAAUUUAAAAAUUAAUAACAUUACAUGAAAGCAUCAAAGACUAACCAUGUAAGGAGUUAUUAAAAUACAACUAUAAUAUAAAAGUUAAAAUUUAAACUAUCUUGUAUAUUAAAACAGCAAAGAUAAGGCCAGUUAAUAAAAUAUGAAAUUUUAAAAUGAAAUGACAUGAUUUAAAAUUACAUGACAGAAGUCUUUAUAACUAUUCACAAAAUGUUCUAACAUGGAUUUCUUGAAGCCUAUAAGAUUCUGUUUGUUUCUGAUCUGGCUGGGGAUCUUAUUCCAGAGGUGAAUGGUCGAUACUGUGAAGGACCUCCCUCCCUUUGACUCCCAUUUGAAUUGGGGGCAGACAUAAAUUGUCCAUGUUUGCUCAUUCGUUCAUUAAGAUCUGUAUUUCUUUAGUCAUUUAGAUUAUUGAUAAUAUUGACAAAACUGACAGAUACAUUCUGUAAAACCCAUAGGGCUGUCAAGUAAAUUUGCCAAUUUUGCCAUUGUUGGAAGUUGAUCAAUCAUUGCACUUCAAUACACCUGAGAAGGUAAAGAGACUAUUGAUUGCUUUUUAGUUUUUUCAAUGUCAGGGAUUUUGAGAUAUUUAUAUGGACUCUAAUGGAAAGGACAAUUAUCAAGGAGUAGGGGGCAAGAAUUCUUAGAUGCUGUGGUACCUUUAUAUCUCUAUAUUAGUGUAGUAAUGCACUUUAUGACUGAGUGUCAUGAAAUCAAAACCAAAGCAAUCGCAACAGCCAACAAUAAAAAUGAGAAUAUUGGAAUAUUGUUAUAACUCACAGUAAAACCAAGCAAACUGCCCCAAGUGCGGGAAAGAGCAGGUGACUAAGUUUUGAAGCAGUUAGUUUUGGUUUUGAAUCUGAAAGUGGCACAAGUUUCUGAAAAACUAUGUAACAAAAAAAAGAAGCAAAUCCAAAGCAAUCCUUCACUCGCAAUUGCUCUGUCAUCUGGAAGCAAAGUUUCACUGUUUUGGUUAUGAUUUUUCCACUCAUUUUUAGCUGCAAGGCAAUGAGAGCAAGGGCAUGUGUACUUGCACCCCAAUGUCAAAGCCUUGUUUAGUAUGUGGUUCUUUAUGUUUUCCUGGCCCUGCUAUUUUGCCUUUUGGUCAUUUUGCUACUUUUUGAGAUAAUCAUCCUUUGUUUGAUUCACAUUUUCUUGUUCAGAGAAUAUUUGAUUCACAUUUUCUUGAUUCUAUGUCAGUGAAUGUUUCACCAUCUCAACAGGUUUUGUCAUUCUCAUCAAUUAAGCUGAGCAACAAUGAAGUUAACAUGGAUGGUGAGUUAACAGAAAUAUGUACAGUGGUUCUGAUGACUUUUGAUAUUGCCUGUAAGUACAGAAUUAAAUGGUCUUGUUUGCCUUUUUAUUGCCAUAGAUGUGGAAGGUAAAUCAUCAGUGGGAAAUGCAUUACAGGAUGUGAAAAUUUUAUCACUGAGAGAUCCAGUGUCUGAAACCUGUAAUCUGGUAAUUAAUCACAAUAUUAUACUGAUUUUUGAUGCUUUAACCAAAAAAUUGAAAUGAUAGUUAGGAAGAAAAAGAGGAGACAGAUAUUUAGCAAUUAGUUUGAAUGAGGGAGAAGAGAAAGAGUCUAAAUCCUCUGGUUUUUUUUUAAUAAUAAUACUAAUAAAUUUUACAGUACUCAAGAGUACAAUGUAAUACAAUACAUUACUUUCAAUACUGCUUACUUGCAUUAAUGACAAUACACUAUAUCACUACGGCUAAUUACAUACAUUACUUACAGUAUUUACAAUACUGGUUACUUACACCACUGGCAAUUACCUCCAUCCUCUAUAAGAAUUCAAACCAUAGAGUCUGACUUGAUUUUCUAGUUUGAUGCUCUACCAGUCUGAACUUUAGACAACAAUGAGGAAUUAGUUGCCAUUGGUAAAUGGCAAGGGUAUAGUCACAAAAAUUGUACCAUUGUGUGUGAUAAAUUUAACCUCAUCUGUCAAUUACAUAGAGUAACAUUCCUGAGCUCUCAAAUAUACCUGAUUAAAUAAUCAAAUAAAGAAAAAUUUUGACCUUUUGUAGGUAUUGUCAGAUGGAUCAAUAUACAGAAUUAAACUUCCAAUAUUGUCCCAAAACUUGGCAGGUUAGUACCAAACUUUUUGUCAAAGUAUGCACCAAAUCUACUGUGUUGCAUUUGACUUCUCUUAAAUGCUUCUUUUGUAUGCUCAGUUACAGCUUGUUUAGAAGCUUUGAAGUACAUUCUUCCUGGGUUGUUGGUGAUUCAGGCUCAACUGGCCUGUUAUGCAGUGGCCCAAGUCCCUCAUUUGCAAGAUAGUGAACAAGAAUGGAAGUGGUUUACAAAGUGUGUCUUGGAGUUAAUGGGGUUUCAAACUGAGGACAAAUUUAAGGUAAUUAAUUGCCUUAUUGUGGGGGCAUCCAUAAGGCGUUGGAGCUAAUCUCAGUUGCUCUAGCACGAAGUAUUAGAAGUAUGGCUACUUCUUCCAAAACCAUGUUUCUCUAAAAGUUAAGCCAUUUUUUCUUCUGGGUGAAAGGGGUACUGUGAGAGUAGAGAGUCUUGCCAAGAAAAUAAUAAUAAUAAUGACCUGGCCAGGAAAGCAAGACCCUGACUAAGAGCCUGACACAUCAACCAUUAAGCUUCCAUAUCUUACAUAUCCAGAGUUUUCAUAAGAAAUUACAACUUGCUAGCUACCUUUGAAAGUAGUCAAUACCUGAAAAGGUGAAUUUAGGAGAAUUUGAGGUAAACUUUACUUUUGAUCUUAGAACUACCAGUUUGUCUUUGCCUAGUAAUUUUAAAAAUAUUAUUUUGCUCUUUUUUUUUUCUUCAGAGUGACUCACCAGAAUUGCCUGCAGCUAAAAAAUCAAAAACCCAGGAAGAGGACCAGGUAUAAAGAAAAUAUAUAGUUAAAGUGUUACUAAAGUUCUCUUCUCUGAUGGGUAGAAGUUAACAGGUACCUCUUAAGUGUACCAAUCUGCUUUAUGUCUAAUCAUGUAAACCCUUCUUAGAAUGACAUCAUUUGUGUCUAUCUAACACUGUUACUUUCACUCUGACUCAUGCUCCCCACUUCUGGAACAAAGUGUCCUUAACUUAUGAAAAAUAAUUCUUAAAGUUAAAUUUGAGAGCAUUAAUGGGAAUAAAGUGUUCAGUAUCAGAGAAAGUUGAAACAAAUUAUUCCGGUAGUUCUUUUGAAACUUGAAUUUUGAACCUGCCACCAUAGAAGAUGAAAUGACACUUCAUGGUUGUCACUUUUGUCUGCAUAAUACUUUCAGUACUCUUUGAAAAAAAGAUAUAUUGUUUGAUCGUAAUAAUGGCAACUUUAUGACAUCAUAGAAUUCAAAAUCGUGCUUACUGAGGAAUGAAGCACAUCAAUAUUUCUUGUGUUUGUAUCCAGUGUUGGUUCAUUUUGGUCCUGGCAACUUCUUGCCGUAAUGGAAGAUUCCUUCUAGCAUAAAGAUAUUAGUACACUCUCUCAUGAUGAAAUCUUUGCAUUUCAUGUGCAUUAAAUUGUAGGCUUGGGAAAUGUUGACAAUGAGUGACUUUCAUCAAAACAUGUCAAGGCAAGGCAUUGGACUGCCACCAUUGUUAAACAAAGAGACCCCAGGGGAGGAGAAGCAUUCCUUUCCUAUGCAGUGAGUGACCAUACAACUUUAGACAGUUCUUCUAAGCCAGGGAUUUUGCUCGUAACAGCUGACCUUGUGCCCAACAAAGACAAAAACACAACAACGUGUCACCUAUUGAUAUACGUGAAAAAAUUACGCUCGUGUGUUUGGCUGGAAACGAGUGCAUUUCUCGUGAAACUCGAGUGCAAAGUUGUAACACGAGUGCAAAUUACCAAACGCGGACGUGCGCUGGCAAAAUUUCGUCCGUCUUGACUCUCUGUGAUACGUUUUUCAUGUAGAUUAUUUAAGUACACUGCACUCAGACUGCCUGUGAGCCACAAAUUCAUAAAGUUUGUGCAGUAAGAGGUCUCAAUAUGCUCAUUUGAAACUAAAAGAUCACGUCUAGGUUAAGCAUGAAGUUCCCACAAGAUCUAUUUGAUUAGUAUGUGUAUUAGUAUGUGUAUUAGUAUGUGUAUUAGUGAUGAGCAGGUAUUGGCAUCUAUUGGAUUAAUAUGUUGAGCAAAGAGAGCGUUGGGGAAAUCCUUGAUGGCCUGUUUCAGAAGCACAUUGUAUCAGUUGGACCGUAGUAUUUUGUAACUUUGUAAAUACUGACUGCAGACAAGCUUAAAUGAUAUAUAUUUUGUUUUUUUCACAAAUCAGUGAAGGAACAUCUGUUCAGAUUAAAUAAAUAAACAUGUUUAUUUCUACCUACUUAGAAUUAAAAAAGAUGCCCUUCUUCAUAACCACAUUUCCUCCAUAUUGUUUGCGUGGCAUUUGAUUUAUGAGGUAUUUUUGACUUGUUAGACUUGGAAUUUACAUUAAUAUUUUGUCAUUGCCUAAAAUUUACUUUUAAAUUUUUUCCUCACUUUGUAGGACCUCAAAUUAAAUAUUCUGGGGAAGGAUUCCCUGUGUCCUAUGGCUCAGUUUCUUUGUGACCUUGCAUUGUGAGUUAUUAGUCCUAAUCAAACAUUAAUUUAAGUCCUUUUAAUUUCGAUUUUCAUUUUCUAUUUCUGUCCUCUCAAAAGCAGCCAAAAAUGACUUUGAUAGUUUUGCACGGGACUGACUGUUAUAAGUCCUAAAUCAAUACAUUAAUUUAAGUCCUUUUUCAAUUUCCCGAAGAUGAUUUAAUGUGGUAGAGUUUUAUUCUUCAGACCUUUUUUCUGACAAGUUGUUCUUUCAAUCAAGAAACCUGUAGGAACAUUUGUGGUGAUAAGCUUUACGUGUACUUGAUAUUGCAGAGCUCUUGGUUGGCAUGCUUAUGUUGAAUAUUACUGCAGGGACUUUCCUUCUCUUUUCCUUGGUUCACGGGAUAGUCCUGCCCAUAUCACAAGAGGUAAAACGCUUCACGAGCCUGCGAAUAGUGUUUCAUACUUAGAGAAAUUAUGAAAUAAUAUUCAUAGGUUUGUGUAACAUGCAAGAUAACAGAUAGUGUUGGGAAAAAUAUCAAAAAGCAACAUAGCACAUAUCUGCACUUUAAUGUGAUAACGUAACAACAUACUGGGUCAUCUUGCAUCUUUGAUGAAUGUGCACAACUAACUUUGAUGACGUAGUCGAAAUCUCACAGGUUUACGACUUGCUCAGAAUACCAUCGAAGGUUAUGUUAGAUUAGUGCGAUUUCUCAUCAGUGGAGGAAAGCGUUGAAACGUGUAACCAAGUCAUCAUUGAAAUAAUCAGUUAAAGAGAGGGUUGUCGAGUCGCAUUAUAACAAUUGCUUCUUGCGCGAACGGGCCUAUGGACAAACGUUAGGUGAAGCAUGACUAAAUUUUCUCGACUUGAUGGGUUACCACAUCGUUAGAGGUAUGGUGCUUCGCCGUGCGCGCCAUGAGUUCCGCUAUCUUGAGAUGAGAUGUGUGUGGCCAUCCCAACUAAUAUGAUCGAGAAUUCUUUUAUUCCAAACGCUGAUUUUUUUAUGGUAUUGUUACAGACCAACAGAGUGAGAUGUUUCUUCCUCUGUGUGAGAAGCCUCCCAGUAUAAUCCAAUGGCUGUAUAACUUUCUUAAUGGACACCCGGUAAGAGAGAGAUGACACCGAAACGUUGUGGAAUGAAUCUUUCGUUCUUACGGACAAGACAAUUGAAAAUGAAACUGACGUUCUUCUGCUUCAAACACCAGGUUGAACCUUUUCCUGUGCUACCAAGAACUACCAAGCACACGUAUAAUAUCAUUAUGGUGAGGAUGGUUGAUCUCUUCUUUAAUGGUCGAAUGAUCAUCAUAGCUACCUGAUAAAAGCUUACAUAACUUUGAACAGGAUCCAAUAACUCAUUUAUCUUUAGCAAUGCACCCACUGCACUGUUACCACAGGAAGAUCUUAGGCUAUAUCCAAUUUAAGCUUGAUUUAAUCUCAAGCUUUACUUUCAUCUAACUUUCUACCGUAUACUGUAUUCAUUUCAUAUAAUUUUUUUGCGCAGUUUUUUUUGCUCCUUAAUGUUGUUAUUUGUUUUGCUUUAUUUAUGUCAAAGCUGUACUCACUUUUCAACAACAUAGAAGACAAAAACAACCUUGAAGAUGAUGCAGACAAAUUGUUCAAAUGUAUCAGCUAUUCAGGUAUCUUCUUACAAUCUCGUUAUUGUAGCAUAACUAAAAUAUUUGUUUUAACGGCGAGAAGAACGCUAUGCUCUUGAUAAAUCUCUAUCCGGUAGAAAGCGCAUCACGGUUUGAUUUCACUUACGCAAAUGGGCCUUGAUCUUUACUUUUGAAAGGAUAACUUUAAAAGUGUAGGCUUUGACAAAAUUUCAUCGCCCAUUAAUUGACCAUCUACUCGGAUAGAUAAGGAUGUUAAAAUUUACAACUUUUGACCUUCCUUCCUGUAGAAGAGGUGAUUGCCACUUUCAAGGAAUCAUUUGUAACCACACAGGAGAAGCUUAGGUGGUAAGAUUAAAAUGCGAUCUUUGCUUAUUACAGGCAGAAUUAUAUUGCACGUGCAAAGGUGCAGUAAGAUUGACGAGUAACUUUUCUUGGGUUUUGUUUUUUAAAACCCUAACUUUAGGAAGUAAUUGAAGGAGAAGAAGAGCCAGCUUAUGAAAUGUCCACUGCUCUAUUCCUUUUAUUAUUAUUAUAAAUAUUAAUAUUAUUAUUAUUAUUAUUAUCAUUAUUAUCACUAUCAUUACUAUUACUAUUAUUGUAAUUAUUAUCACUAACUUCGUAUAUUGGUGGCACAUUAUCUAAUAAACAGGUGUUAAAGGUAGACCAUAUCAUUACAGGGUUUUAUUUUGAUGAAACACCAAAUUCUCUUAGCUUCAGAAGAAAGAAACGUAUAACAACCAAAAGGAAGAGUUAGUUAUGAGAACCUUUAUUUUGUAGUUUUGAUUCUGAUGCUGAUAAAGUGGUCGCAUUCCUCGCGAGCAGUGGUAAGGAAACCAUCCUUAAUUUUAAAAAUUAUUUUAUGGUCUUUUUCUAUAGUUUAUUUGGAUGGGUAAGGUAACCACUGUUUCUGUUACAUUUUUUUAUCUUCCGUUACCAUGUGCAAGACGCGGUGACGUGCGGGUGAAGAAGUCUGGGUUCGAGAUCUGGCCGAAACAAAUGGCAAAUUUCUAGGGAAGCCUGAAUGCUGGGGGGGGGAGGGGUUUACACUGUGAUGGACCAAAAUCCCACCAGAGGGGAGUGGUAAGACUCCUAUUUGCUUUAUGCUAAGGAAACCAGGGUAAGCUGCGUCUGAGUGGGCCAAUUAGCGCGAGUGCGGAUUUCACUUUUUAUCAUGGUGUUGCUUGGUGGAUAAUGUAACCACUGUAUUUUAUAGAAUCUUUUAUCGGCCUUUACCAUAUUUUGGUUUGAUGUGUUACUCCCAUAUUCUUUCAUCUACUGUCAGGUUUGACUCGUAAGGACAUCGACUGUUUGCCGUUUGGAGUCGCUCUGCCAAUCAGAGAAGCUCUCCACCAGUCCGCAGACGACCCACCUCUAACUCUUCCAGCUGGUGCUUACCAGCUCAUUGGUAAAUAAUUAUGUCAAGUGGUGCUUUCUAUGUGGGGGAUAGAGUCACGGCCUUAAAUUCGUUUUUAGGGGUGGGGAAUGAAAGUUAUUACAUGUUAUUCAGCGAGUCAAGAUUUCAUUAUUUUUUUUCCUACUUUAGGCCGUGAAGAUCUUGCCUCCAUGCUAAUGACAGAUGCAAAAAAACUAAAUACUUACAUCCCUCUGAAGGUAUCUGGACACUUUUAGACCAAUUGCUGCAGUAACUUUAGAUUUUUCCAUAGUCAUUGAACUUUAAGUCGCAAUUUUAACUGAAUUUGAAUCUUUCUUUUUGGCUUGUUGUUGCUUCUUUGGUGUUCCUCUGUCUAUCAUGCAAAUUUUCUGUAGUUUCCCUUAAUCAGAGGGUAAUAUUGAAAGUUCCUCAUUCAACAAUUUCCUUAAAAUUCUUUGACGCAGCUUCUUUGAGUUAAUUUUGUUAGCAAGUUACUUUUUCUUGCAAAUUCCUCGCUUUAAAAGAGAGUUAGUGUCAUACUUAAGUGCUACAGUAAAUUUAUGUCUUUUUGUCCUGUAGAAAGCAACACUGAAAGAUGGAGAAAUAGAUGACGGAUUUAAUAUAGAUGACGAGGUGAGGAUGUUGUGUUUAGCUAUGAUCUCUGGUAUUUUUAUGUUUCUCGUACAUCAUGUGCGAAGAGGACGCGCUGGCCUAGCGGUUAACGCGCUGAACUUCGGGUCAAAACGUCCUGGUUCCAGUUAAGACGAAGCCGAGUUGCUGUGUUCUUGGGCAAAAUACUUUAUUCUCACAGUGCUUGUCUCCAUCCAGGAGUAUGAAUGGGUACGGGCUUACUGUCUGGGAAAGCGGACGAAAUGUAGGGGGGUAACCUUGCGAUGGACCAGCAUCCCAUGUAGGGGGGAGUGGUUAUAAUUCUAGUCGCUUCAUGCUGCAGAAACAGGGAUAAACUCCGGCUGGGUGAGUCACUUGGCUCCAGUACAGACUUACAUAAUUUUUUCUAUAUUUGAAUUCGACUGGCCUUGUUUUACAGAUACUCCGCUUACGCUUUGGUAAAGACUUGAGAGUCCAGGAAAUGAAAAGACUGCUCCAGUCUUCCAAACCUGUUACAGUGAAUGUUCUACAGAAGCCUGAUGUCAGGUAUGUAUGAUUGUCGCAUAUCAACAUAACUCUCGAUUUUCAAUGUCAUAUUAAACUUUCAUAUAUCAAUCUGGCUGCCUUGUGUCAUUGUCAGAUGUCACAGUCGCGAGUGCUGAUGAGUAUGAGUGCUGUGUGCCAAUUCCACACUUGCCUGUCUAAUAUGACUUUUGCAUGUGUAAUAUAGAGUUGAAAAGCCGUUUUCAUCUGUCCGGUGUGGCUCUGCUAAUUUCAUUUUGCUAUUUAUCCUUGACGGCGUAGACAUUCUCGGUAAUUUAGCCCACGCAGCAGACCCUCUAUUCAACCUGAUACGAGUGAUUCAACUGAUACGUGCGAGGGAGAAGUCAUGCGCGCAAAGGUCAGAGGGAGAUUUUUCCCGGGUGUUUGAUCUCUCGCGCGUGUUUUACUGUCGUUCUCGCGGAGUGCCUUCCCCGCAGGCUACUGGGCAUUAAUCUUCACGACAAACUGCUUCAUUCGUAUUUCUUCUUAAACAAGUCAUUGUGUCUCAUUUGGUCUCUGCAAUCGUACGCUCAAAUUCAAAUUGCUUCUUAUUCCAGAAACUAUCAGGGCAAAAGAUUCUCUCAAGAAUCCCGGCUCCACGUCGCACUGUCAUGACAACAUAUUCCCGUGUCGUGUUGCCAGGUUUCAAUUUCAUCUCGUGUGGAGGUCUUUUUAUGUUGGAUGUGCCAGAUUUCCUGGUUUUUUUUCCAUUUAAUUUUGUUUUAACUAUGAAGAGCUGAACGCAAAAUAGAUCGCUAAACAUGGCACUUAUCUUAGGACUGGGUAAGAGACCACAGCCUCAGUCAAAUACACUAAUAGUGGCACGAUUCAAUUUCAUUUUCAGUGACCAUGAUUUUAUUCAGGAACAAGAAAAUCGUUUACUUUUGAUGUGCAAGAGAACCAUGGCGUUACCCGUCGGAAGGUGUGGAAAAUUUUUGCUCGUCGUAUUUUGUCUUAUCUGUGACCUGCGUUGAGUUAUUUGUGAAAAAAGCGGUGACGUAAUGUUUAGUGCGUUAGAAUUCGAAGGUAUCGCCGUAGGAUCGUUGUGUUCACAUGAAAUCUGUUUUGUUUUGAAGAGGGAUGUUUACAAUGGCCACCUCUCGACCAGUACUGACCGAAACUAUUCCAAUUCCACCACUGGAUUUGACAGGACGGGCCCCGCCUAGGUGAGCUGUCUUGUAUUAGUAAGUGAUAACUGCACUUCGUGUCGUGUAAUUUCAGUCUAAAAUCACAGUUGGGAUUUCAAAUCAAACUCACGCUAUGUGCUCGUUCGGUUUUGAAAUCACGCGAAUGAUUUCAGCAAUUGCUUAGAGCUACCAAAGACCAAAUUGCACUCCACUCAGUUCAAUUAUCAUUAUAAAUUCUAGGAAUACCACGGUUGGUUUGGAACACGUGGAAACUCCAACAGACAUGAAGAUGUGGCCGCUAUUCCAUAACGGAGUAGCUACGGGACUCAGGAUUGCGCAAGGAAUAUCACAGGUGUGAAGACCGACAGUAGUUGUCUUUAUUUAGUUCGAACAGGACGGAUCAGUGUGCCAAUUGGAAGAGUACGUGAUACGUAACUGGUUCAUUCUUCUAGAAUUGAGCCUGACCUCUCAGCAUAUAGCUAACCCUAAAAGUGACCAGCAUUUAAUUUCUCCUAACAGCGCUACUGCUUAAUCAGUCAUUGAGAUCGUGAUAACGAGGAAAUGAUCAGCAACCUAAGAAGCUUUUGAUUGUUAAGUGAAUUCUCCUUGUCAGUCUCAAAUAAAAUGUAUAGAGAAGAGUAUAGAGAAUAUGGAUACUGAUGUUAGGCUACUAAGGGUUAAAGGCAGUACGGUGUCUCCUGCUCGGGGAUAUUUGACCGCGUCACAGUUUGUUAGUGCACUUUUACAUCCUCAGGAAGAGGAUGCAUUUGAAUUUGUAAAAUGAAAUCUCUUGCUCAAAAAUACAAAAUAGCGAACCAGAUCUGGUAUUAUGUUUCAAAAUUGAAACAAUGCGCUAGUGUCUUACGAGUUAACAAGAUCGUGAAAUAAGAGUCGGAAAUUCUGAGAAUUAUUUUGCAUAUCUUUUGCGUCGACCUUACUCUUAUUGGACCCAUUACGGCCAAGAGGAGGCUUGAUUCAAACGGGUCAGGGGGAGAAUAGAUUUGCUGUCACAAUUUACUACAAUUACUUGAAUCGUCGUUACUGAAUUCCCUCAGAAAAGUUUCGUAUAAGUAUCUGUUGCCUUCACUUCUUCCGGGAUAUACAGAUAUCCAAUCCAACCACAUUCCAAAGUCUUGAUGAAGGAAAUUUGUUCAAUUCCUUUUUAUUCUUUAUGUGCUUUAACAGAUCGACAGUACCUGGAUCGUUUACAACAAACCUAAAACCAAUCAACAAUCAGAAGAACAUGCUGGUUUCCUUAUGGCUCUUGGACUCAAUGGCCACCUUAAAAAUUUGUCUCACAUGAACCUACAUGACUAUUUGUGUAAGGUGAGAACUUAUAAGAUACUGUAAGUAACAACAUCACUUCAUGUCACACACAAUAAACCUACUGGACUGCUUGUGAAAGGUAAGACCUGGUAAGGCACAACAGGUAAAGACACAAAUUGCUGUCCUGCGACAAAUGCAGGUACUGCGAUUGCCAGACAGAAUGUCCGUAUUAAGCCCUCUCUUUAUGAAUUUCGAGAAUGGAGCGCAGAUUAGCAGACAGACUUUAAAGCCUCGUCCAAACGGUCAUGAUUGUUGGUGAUAGUUUCAACUAUCAUCAACUAUCAUGUAGUUUGGACAAGUUCGAAUUCGACAUGAUACUUGAUGAUAGUUUUUGCCGUUUGAACGAGCGGAUGAUAGUGGGUGAUAAUUUUUCGGUCAGCAGUUUGGCCAACAACGGGUUCAAACCGAAAUGGCAAAUGGUAAAAUGACUAAAGUAGCCGUCAAAAUUUCACAGAAUGUCACGUAGUUUAUUCUCAUCCUCUCCUGGUAGGCUUCAGUAUCUUUAAAUCGCAACUUUUGACUGAAAUUUCAAAUGCCACCGAAAUGACAGACCUCAACGCACGCCACAUUUGUUUAAUGAGGAAGGAUCUAAAGGGAAAACUCCAAAUUCUUACGCAUCUUUCCAAAUAGAAUUACAAAUAUAACAUGAUGCUGAACAACGAGAUAUCAUCAUCGAGUAGACGUCGUCACCAGAUUAUGCGCGAGGUCGUCUGCCAGUCAAAUGUGCAAGUUACUUACUACCCUACCUGGCUAGAAAUUAUUUCCAAGACUGCCCUAAUCUGGACGAUGACACUAUACGGCUUCAUUUAAACCAUUUAAUAAUAGAAUAAUUAUAGAAGAAUAGAAGAAUUUGUUGCUGGGUUGGUAAUUUAAUGUGUACUUUCUUUUCUCCACAAGGGACACGAACUUACAACCGUCGCGCUUUUGCUUGGAACGGCAGCUGCUAAGUAAGUAGUCCAUCCUACUGCAAAUUAUUUCGAAACCUGUGCGUAGUUUAAUGAAUGUUAUAUUUGGUCUGCAGGCGAGGAACAAUGGACGUGACCAUUACUAAAAUGCUGAGCAUUCAUAUCGACGCCCUAUUGCCUCCAACAUCAGCAGAGCUUGAUCUGCAUCAUUCAGCACAGGUAGCCGCCAUAUUAGGAGUGGGUCUAUUAUACCAAGGCACCGCACAGAGACGAAUGGCAGAGGUGCUUCUUUCUGAGAUAGGUGACGAACUGAUGGAUUUUACUCAUUUUUUCAAUUCAAUGGUGAAGUCUGUUCCUUAGAUAAAUGAGGGCGACGUUCCUAUGAUGAAAUGCAUGUUUACUUAGUUAGAUCGUGUCGGAUGGGAAAAAAUUUGGCUCUCAGUCAUGAGGCACGUAUCAUGCUGUGCUCGGUCCGCGCGUCAUGACCCAAAGCCAAAUGUUAUCUUGUUCGGUCCUCUCACUCAGUCAAUAACUAUAUAAUAUAUUUUACUUUAGUCAAUUUUUGAUUUGCUUCUAACAAAAUCUCGCUCUAAAGGUAGACCACCCGGUCCUGAAAUGGAAAAUGCUGUGAAUAGAGAAUCUUAUUCUCUUGCUGCUGGUCUGGCUCUGGGACUUGUCAUGUUGGAGGUAUUUCAUCUGCUUUCUAUUCAGUUAGGUUAUGAGACACGAGGACGUAGUUGUGUAAAGCAUUUUUCUGGUUGAUGGUUUGAACUUAUGCCCAAUCCACUAGUUAUUUAGGAUAAUUUGGUUUUAUCAACUGGGUUGGUAGCUUUAGAAACUCUUCAAGGCAAAUUUACAUUAGCAACUCAGUUGAUAAGACCAAAUCAGAAGGUCUGAGGUACGAUGCCUUACAGGGGCUCAAAAUUGUUUCUUCGUCCUACACUCGUGAUGAGAUGAAAGUGCACAUAUUUCUAAACUUUUGAAAUGUUUGUAUGUGUCUUCAGCACGGGAACGAAGCAGCCAGUGUGGUGGACCUUAAGAUCGCCGACCAGUUGUAUCACUACAUGGUCGGUGGACAAACCAAACCUCAGGUCAGCUUAGUAAAAUGAUACCUAUUGUUGUAAAGAAAUGGGUUAGACUGAUUUUAUUAUGAAUUUAGCUUACUUUUGUUUUUUAAACAUAUUAAUUUAUGAAAAGUUAACAACCUCUUGUUAUGUAUUCAAGAUUUCAGUGUACCUUUCCUGUUUUACUUUUUUUUAAGAAAGUUGUAUCUCUUUUUGUAGUUGUCAUUGGGUUUGUUUGUUGUUUGUUUUUUACAUCUAUUAAACGCAGAUAUUCACUUCAACUUCUUUUCUCUCUGAAGACUGGAACGCAAAAAGAGAAGUUCAAGUCUCCAAGCUAUCAAAUCAAGGUGAUUGCACAUAAUUCAUUGUUUUCUUUUUGCAAAGAUAUCAUGAAUUAGGUAAAAGGCAGGGCAAAAUUUUUCAGACCUAGCGGAGGGAUUUGUAUCUAUCGAGAUCGCUCUUAUAGGAGCUUCCUUCUCUGAUAAGCCCUCGUUUAAAACUUCAAAUUUCUAACUCUUUGUAAUAUUUUUCUUCGUUCUGAAUGACCGCUGCAAUUAGUUUGGUUUUGGUUUUGGUUUUGGUUUUGGUUUUGGUUUCAGUUUCAGGAUACUCAUAAGAAAAACGUUCUGUUAUCUUUGAAGUAAGUCUUUUUUGUUUUUUGUCACGUAGGAAGGUGAUAGCGUGAAUAUCAAUGUGACGGGACCUGGUGCUACUCUUGCUCUAGGACUGAUGUUCAUGAAGACGAAAAACACGUAAGUUACUAUCUAAAAGCUAUUUCUCUGAAAAGAAUACCGUACAUUUUUUAUCAAUUAGUGCUAAGAAUUUGGUGUUAAAUCUAGAAAAAAGGUUCCAAAAGUUUCGACCAGCUGGUCGCCAAUUUGUCCUAGAACUGAAUUUUAAUCGCUAUGGUCAACUGGGGAUUAACUUGUUUUGUCAGUGUUUUAACUCCAAGAUGUACAAAUAUCGUAACAAGAUUCCAUAUCUCGGUUAAUGAGAGACACUUCUCUCUUAGAUCUGUCGCAGCAUGGUUUGACGCUCCCGACACUCAGGUCCUGUUGGAUUUUAUUCGUCCAGAUUUCCUCUUGCUCCGGGUAAGGUGUAAUAGCAGAGCUCGCUGUGUAUGAAGCGCGCGCGGCGAAUCCCUAUACAUAUAAAAAAUGUUAGUAACCCAUCAAUCCGCUAAAAUUUGAUCGUGUUCGACCGUGCGAUCUUACGCUCAAGGUGCUACCUUUAGCACGCACGGCCAACUGCAUUGUGCCUUUCACCACUAAGCUCGCCAACACAGUUGUAAAGUCUGAAAACCCUAAAGCUUGAUUUCCUAGUGAUCGCUGAGAUCACUGUUGCUGUAAUCGUUAGCAUUUCUAUGGAGAAUGUUUCGAUGUGUUAAAUCCUUAAGCUUUAUCUACCGACAAUUGUUAUGAUGAUGAGGAAACUAGGUUCAGAUUUAUUAGGAGUUGCUUUAAGUUAUACUACGAGAUGAUAAAGCCAAGAGACUGACACUUCGCAUAUACCUCAUUAGAAAGGUAAUCUCUUAAGUUAUUUUCAGACUCAAGCUAUAUUGUCUCCCGGAAGUAGUGUGUUUUAGAGGUUCCUGGAAUGUUUUGGUGAAGAACAAAUACAACUCUUGUGCAAAAUGCUCGAAAAAGGAUCAGUUACUUCCUCGAUUCGCCGAAUACGAAAAUGAAAGAAAAUAGCUUUGUAAUGGGAAAAGGAAGGAAAUUAAAUCCCCAAGGUUAAUGCCCUCUCAGUUACAGACAGAAAAAGAGUUUUAUCUUCCUAUUUCACCAUUGACGCUUAUAACAAUUUUGAAAUCUUGUCAGUGGUCUUUGUGGUUUCUUUCUUGUGGUAACAAUAUUUAUUAAUUCUUCAGCUUCUUAGUCGAGGUCUGAUCAUGUGGGAUAGCAUUCAUCCCUCUACAAACUGGGUGGAAAGCCACAUUCCUGCGGUAGGUUUGGGAAUCACUUCGGCAGGUCUCACGGUACAGAGGUUUAAACGUCAUGACAGCUUGUAUCAAGAGCAUAUACCCAUGUUUCUUUCUCGAAUUUAUGUACGGAUGUAAGAACUAGAACAGAAGCUAAAAGGCAUUAAUUGAAUUUAGAAUGAGAAGAAAGUGAGAGUGGUGGACACUUCAAAAACUGUUCAAAUUUUUAUCACAGCGAAGAAAUUGUUUGCUAACCAUUCAUAUUCGUAUUCGUAUUCUUCGUACGUAUUCUUCCCACAAGGUAUGCUGCUGGAAAAUAUCGUUCUGAUCUUGCCGCAAAUUAAGUUUGAGCAUAAGAUUAUAAUCUCGUGGUUUGACAUGUGAAAUAGUCUUACAUUUGCAUCAGCUGCCGAAGUAAUCAUUUGCACAUGUAGAGUUCGCCGUUUGAACAGGUCACAUAAUUUGCUAUUUUAGCUCAUGAGGUAUAUUUAUUUAUUUAUUUAUUUAUUUUUGCUAGAUUGUUCAUCAGUGCGAUACCACUUCGGCUGAAAGUGAAGCAGCGAACUCAGACAUCGACAUGGAAAGUCUGAGGUAAUUAUCUCUUACUUAUUACUGUGCUGUGUUUUCGCGAGAUUUUUUUCCUCUAGCGAGAUAUGCGCGAGACUUGAGUUGCUUAAGUUUAUGACUUAAGCGAAUAGCACGGUCCACCAUGAAAAAUGCUCUAGCUUUAAAUCCAGAUGUAUUUUGUGCUGUAAUCUUUAUUCUUAAAUCUUUCAUUAACUGCUGCAAUAUUCCUUAAGAUGCAGUCCACUUUAAAAGUUCUUGCCCAGGUCGUUAGGUUGUGAUACUACACACAAGUCGCAAGAAAAAAAAUUCACAAUAACGCCAACUGCUCUUUUUUCGAUAACCGACGGAUGCUGACCUCGUACAUUGUCUUUUGAGCCAAGGUGGUGGUAUUUUUUGUCCUUUCAGAAGCGUUAAGUCUCUGCUAUAUCAACUUAUCGGUCGCGUAAUUAGUAUAAUUUUGAUUCGAGACAAGCAAAAUGGGAAACAAGGUUACUUAUUCGAUCGCUUGUGUAAACACUUUAUUCCUCCCUAUUUAAAAAACAAGUUCAUUGCUAAAAGGUGUGGAAAAUGUACCAUGUGAACAAUGCAAUCAUUUUUCAGUACGUGAAAAAUGAUUAGUCAGUUUUUCAGUAUUGUUAUGACAGGUAACAUCAUGGCAGUGGUGGCAAAUGAAUUUCCUGAGCGACUUACAACAUUCGACUCCUUAGACUCUGAUAGUGACAUCUGAACUCCUCUAGACUCUGAUAAUGACAUCGAUGGUAAUCCGAGACUGCAUUGGUUUUCACUUACUUCGCUCUGUGAUUUGUCAAGAAAUCUCGCGCCACUCUCGCGACAAAUCAAAUGCAAACCUAAAUCACGGCUCCGUCACCCGCGUUUUCCCGCGCUUUAGAUAGUUUAGUUUUACUUUCCUCUCUCCUGAUUGGACGUUAUGAUUACUUUGGUUUUGGUUUUACGACAUUGAAUCGAAAAUCGCUCUAUCGAAAUGAAAUGUCAAUCACUGUCAGGAACGGUGUUUUUUAAGGAAGAUCACACCACACGAUAUACCUUUUCUACUUAGCCAGACCAAUUACUUUGACGAAUUAUGCGGCGCGUUUCGUUAAAUAUAAAAAUGCUUUCGUUUUUUUCGUUUCAUCUAGUCAGGCGAAGAUCAAUAUCAUUGCCGGUUGCUGCAUGGCCAUGGGAUUAAGAUUUGCUGGUUCCGCUAAUCAGGAAGCCUUCAACUGUUUGGUAUGUGUAGGAAAAGAACUUACCAUCGGCCAUUUGCACGAUGAUGUUAUUUGACUACAUCUACCAGGAUCUGUCAAGUUUUGUUCUUUUGUGCAACAGUUUUGGACGGAAGGGUCCGUAAAUAUUGCGAGAGGAGGGCAGCAAUCUCCUUUUUAAUAAGGAGGUAAUCAUGGAAACUGAUAAACAGCCCUUGCCCAGUAGAUCUUCAUUCACUUUAUCUCUCAAAGCCAUCAUGUUUCCUUUUCAUGCCAAACGCUUAUACACGAUCAAGUUAUUUAUGUGGUCUAAAACGAUGAGACAUAUCUCUAUAAAGCUCAGUUGCUGAUUAUUUUCAAGUUUUGUGUUAUGGUUUAUUUUUCAGAUGCAUUACACCAAAUACUGUAAAGAUUUGUUGAGCAACAGUGCAGUGGAACAGGUGCUUAUCAUUCUCAAUUCCAAGAUCAAUAUAACAACUGUUGUAAUAUUAAUUCUCUUAAAAUGGGAAACGGUAAAAAUUUAACUCCCUGCCGCCAGGAACUUGUCAUGGAAAGACGUGACACAGCCCUUCAUCAGUGACGCGAAGAAAUUCCAGCUGGCAUAAGUGCAGGGUCUCUGUGUCUCCCUUUCAAUUUAGUCGAACUUUACGUGGCCUAUGUCUUGGGAGUCUUAAGAGGAUUCCUUCCACAGCCUUACUGAAUUAAACUUGUUUGAUAAUUGUUAAAAUUACUACCGUGUGAUUUGUACUUUUAGGCUGGGAAGCCUACAGUUGAAACGUGCCUCAACACAAUCCUCUUAUCGCUGGCUAUGGUAAGUUUUGUAAAAGUUGCAUAGAAACAUAGCCACGUGAUCGUCUCGGUAGACUUCGGAAAUAUGCAUCCAGGCUUUGGUCAGGGCUCAAACCUGGACCCUUCAAUCCUGAGUUCAGAGUGUCAACAUUCACCCGCUAAGUGCCCCAAAUUCUUGGGGUAUUCUGAAAAAAAUUAUUAUAAAAACACUCGAACACUAAGUAAGUCAGUGGUGUAGGUUUUAAAAGAAAUUGUGGUGCUGCGUCGGUGGGAUGUAACAGGAAAAUUUAGUUGUACCAACCGAGUUGAUGAUGUGAAUUGACUACCGAAGGUUGAUUCUAGCCCUUCGUCAAAUAGCAUUUUCUUAUUUUGGUCAAAAAAUUUCUCUCGGCUCGCAGGUGAUGGCGGGAACUGGUAAUCUCGAUGUGCUUAGGAUCGCUCGACAGCUGCGUAAAAGGCAUUCCCCAGAUGUUCCGUAUGGGAGUCACAUGGCGGUUCAUAUGGCAAUCGGCCUUUUGUUCUUGGGUGCAGGAAGGUAUCAACUGAAUUACUUGCUUACUGUUCGGUUUACCUCAAGAACAUUUUCCGCAACGUAAUUGCAAAACUGAACAAUUGCCAAUUUAGUGUUGAAAGAAACUCGAGAUUGUACAUUUCACUUCGCUACCACUGAUUGGUCUAGAAAACUCGCGCCACCUCCUCAAUCAAUCAGAUGCAAAACUAAAUCCAGCCGUGAUUUGAUAGUUGGCGUUUCCUCAAGCUUCAUGCUGGUGAAAAGAGUUUAAUUUGCGCUCUCAUUGGCUUGUUGUAUUAUUUAUCUUUGCUCUGAUUGGCCAGUGUGUACUUUGGUUUUUUUUGCACUCAGUUAAAAAAGCGCCGUAAAGUUCAUUCAUUAUUGUUAUACAGGUUCACUCUGAGUACCGAUGGACCUUCCAUUGCUGCGUUGAUAUGCGCCUUCUAUCCCAGAUUUCCAAUCUCAAGCACUGAUAACAGGCAAGUUAAAAAUACCAUAAGCACUGGUAAGUGCUUGAGAGACUAGAUUUAUGCUGAGGAGCCUUAUGACCUGCAUCGCUGUAGUUUAUUUCGCUUUUUGUAUCAUAAAGUGGCCAGGGGUGUGGCCAGUCCUCCUAAGAUGGACUCAUUUCGUCAGCCUUUUCUUUGACGGUUUUGUUGUUACCCAGUUAUGACCCUAAGAGAGGCAUCGCGAUAGCAAGUGUAUGGCCCAAGAACACACCAAAAUACCCUGCUCAGAGUUCAAAUCCGCACCUCUCGACCUUUAAUAAGUUAACAUUUGUGAAAGAUAUCUCGUGUGGUGCUAUUCCUUGAACAACAGAGGAGUUGAAACAAGUAGGGGGAGCAGGGUGUGACGCUCCACCCUACCCUGAAAGAAGCACUGUAGCAUUAUAUCCAGCUGUGGGAAGGCCAUUGUACGAAGGGUAGGAUCUAGCUACUGGAGGAUUCUGUGGACAAACAUUUUCAAGCUGAUGCCAUAACAGAUAUUAUGUGUUAACAAACUUGUGUUUUCUAAGGACACAACACACUGACCAGGUCAGUCCAAACCCAGACCUCUCGAUUAGGGUACUGGCCACUAGGAAGGAGUAAAGUUGCAGUCAGUUUUAUGUCCUCUUUAUCUACUUCCCAGACUAAUUCUCUUUUCGCUUGGUUCUUAGCAAGGAGCACACAGACAUACCAAACUUAAAUGGUCGAAAACUGUUCUGAAUUUUGUAGGUACCACUUGCAGGCGUUCAGACAUUUAUACGUACUUGCAGCCGAGCCUCGAGUCCUUGUUCCUCGUGAAGUGGAUACAAACAAAGCCUGUCAUGUUCCUCUUGAAGUCACGCUCAAGGUGAGGCCUUUACUUAGUAAACUACCUUCGAUCUAUUAAAAUUUAGCUGCAAUAACGAGGGUUUGUGUAUCGAAGCGAAGGGGACGAAUAGACAGGCUUGUCCUGUUUCCUUCGUUUCCUGUCAGCUUCGAUAUCAAACAUAUUUUCGAAUAGUUAGGGACCGGUCAUAUACCGUCCAGGGAGGGCGUGGGUGGUAGGAUUUUUGGGGAAAUCACAUGGUUUUCGUAUAGGAAAUACAACCGCAUUAAAUGUAUCUAAAAUCUGGUUGUAUCAUACUGUGUCUCAGAUAACAUGGCAUCUAAUUUUGACAACGCUUUUCCAUCCACAGUUUUUUAGUUCUUAUUUUGUCCUUUUCAUGUCUUCCUCAAUUUUAUUCAUAUUAAAAUUCCCAGAGAUCCUAAACUCACUAUGUUAACGUUUUUUCAGGAAACGCAGUUUUACCCAGAGACAGUUUUAAAACUCACCGCGCCUUGCAUUCUACCAGAACUGCAGCUUAUCAGAAAGGUAGGCCGGCAAACACACACUUGAACACACAACUUGUUUGUUAAGGCUACUAGUCUUGACAAGUUACACUGAGCCUAUAGAAGGCGUGUACAUUCUCUUACGUCUUCAAGGUCAAAGCUAAAAGAACUUGAAGCGUUCUCGGGGAGCGUCAGUUACUUUAAGGGAACCUUUCAGGGUAUCUUUGAUUUCGAAACUGGGCUUUGUUUAGAUCUUUGACUGGGAAUAGCUUUGCAAAGAAAAAAAUCCACUCUAUUUCCUUGUUAAACUGACGUUAUUUUUAAGACUAUAUUCCUCCUUUAGAGUCGCAACAAUUUUAUACUCAUUUGACGUUUUUGCCUCUUUUUCUAGAUCUGUGUUUCGGGAUUGCGUUAUUGGCCAAUCACAAUCGAUUUGACGGAAAGCAAGGACUCUUUUAGGUAAGCCUUUUUCAGAGUAAAACUGUGAAAAGCUCUCUGAUUAGUCAUUUAUAGGGGUUGGAGGAAUUUGGUUGUGUCACGAUUUACCUAAUCCCCCUAUGAGGCUACAGUAUUCUUUUUAUCCCCUUUCCAUUGGCCAGAGCCAAUUUUCCACAGUCCCUCCUGAUUCCCCUCUGUUCUCCCUGAGAACCAGUAGAUCUCCCCCAAAACCCUCCCCUCCUCCUUCCGUGAUGAAUAAGGAUUUGUCCCUUAGUCAACUGAAAAGAGGUUGGAAUAGUGUUUGUUGUUUGUUCUUAUCCUUGCUCUAAUAGUUUUAGUGAGUCGACGAAGUACCAAUCCGUGGAUGUUCAAAUUUACUUUUUCAUUAAUGCUGUUUCCUGGUUUUUUACUGUUGUAGUUGUUAUUGUUUUUUUUUUCAGUCUAUUAACUGCCAGUCAAGGAACUUUAUUUGUGAAAAGAAGAACGGGUUUUUUAUCUUAUGCCGACGAUCCACAGGUACUUAGUGCAUAAAAUGACUCUUAAUUGAAGUAUGUCCUCAACAGGCAUUCCGUAUUUCUUUAUCUUACAAAGUUUCAUCCAGCCAGGUGUAAUUUGAUAUUUGAAAAAAACCCGACUGGAGAAAUAUUAAUAGUCCCAUUCGUACAAGCGUCUCAGCUAUGAGCAAUGUCGUAUCUGACAUGAUCUGAGCUGCAUCUACUAGAAAAUCUCUGAUGGACUUUAAAAUUUGUGGAAAGGUUUAUUGUGCAAGCGUUUUGAAUUCUCUAGAAUUCGUGAUAAACAGCAAACGUGUCUGGAGAAUUAACUUUGCUGAAACAUUGCUAUCCUCUCACCAGGGUUAUCGAAACAUUCUAGCCAAGACAUUUUCUGCCCAAACAGACCAGGUAAGAAACUGCUUCGUUGAAACAAAACUAUUGAUCGCUCUCACGUUAAGAUGUGUAGCUCCCACUUUUCUGAAACCUGUUUACAUUUACGACUUGGUCUCCUUCCCGUUAAAAUUUUAAGAGUAUAAUUUAAAGCUUAUUCAUUUUAAAAGGCACUUUAGAAUUAUUCAUACUAAGUCGCUUGUUGUGUUACUUUUCAUGAUAGUAUCCAGCUAAACUGAGGUGUGUUUUAAUAUUUUAAUGGAACUGUGCUGCAAAAUCUUUAUAUUACCGCAUCGUAUUUGAUGGUGAUGUGCACUGUACCCUCCGUCUUGGGUACUCAAAUUUGCAAAACAAGACAUUAUGUUUUGAUUUUUUUUCUUCUUAUAUGCCAGAUAGAAGUGGUUCGAAGCUUUUCAUCAGAUCCGAAUCUCAUAGCGCUGGUGGAAUUGUUUGGUGACAAAGAUCUCUCAAACGAAAGGGUGAGCGAGGCACUCUGUAGUUUCAACAGAACCAUCAACAACGCCACAUUUUAAGAAGUGUGAAAAAAAUUCUCCCCCCCCUCCAUAGCCGGUCUUUCGUUUUGUUGCCCUUAAAUUUCGGUUUCCUAAUACCCGUUUCUACUCCUGGGUUAAUUAGCACUGCUAGCAAAGUAUUUUGCCGAAGAAGGGAACUUAAAGACCGACUAACGCUUUACCUGGGGGUUUCCAGAAAAGCAUGUUGAUGACGGUCUACCGCCGCCCAUAAAAACCUCUCACCACUGCUUUCCAGUAAGCUCUUGUGUUUGCACGUCACCUUACGGCUCAGCCGCCCAUUACAUAAUCGGCAGCCGCUUAUGGCAACAGUUUUUGACACCCCUUGUCUACCCCAGAUCUGUUUACCAAGUGUUCAGAGCGUUCCCCCAUAGAGCCAGCAUUUCACCUUAUUGAGUUAUGUACGCUAACUGAAUCUGCAAGUAAUUGAACCAACUUUCGCAGGCCUUUCGUCAGUUUUGAAGGGUUUUCAAUUCCUCUAUGUCGCCUUCUUUUUAUGCCUUUUAGUUGUGUACAUACUCGAUUAUCGUAUGUAUUUACUCUUUUACAGGAGAGGAGGUUAUGUUCGUUCAUUGCAUCGACGCUAGUGGAAACUGUUACAGAGGAAAAACCCGAAGUUUUGCAGAUAUUGUUGCGCAUGUGGCAGGUAUUGUAGACCGCUAUACAGCUCUGUUCUGCAGCUGAUGUCUUCUGCUGAUUGAUUGUUUUUUUCUUUUCUUUUCUUUGCUGAAAUGUCGCUCAAGUUUGUAGUUGUCUUGAAAACAGAAACUAUCACAGGCUUUCAAAAAAACAGGAGUCGGAUGGCGGGAUGCGUUACGGUUUCUAGGGAAUUCAAUAUCUAAGCUUAGCUUUCUUUUCUCGUGGUUAACGUUUGUGUUGUUAAUGAGUGAUUGUCGAGUGUUUCGAUUGUAGAUUGUUCAUAAUUUGGAGUAUGAACCCAACCCAGGCUCUGUCUGGCAGAUGAAGCUGGCUGUAACAUUCUACAAGAAAGUGUUCUCAAGAAUUUCUACGCGCAUGCGCAGGAAGGUAUGCUUAGUGUAACAAGAGAGUGAACUCUCAACAAGAAGUAAUCUACAUCUGUCCCAUUGUCAUCGUAGAUUGUCCACUAUUAAUCAAGAAACUAAUUUUAAGGUGUCGGUACUCUAGAAGUCCAGAACUCUGACUUUAUUCCACAAUUUACUAUUGAGUAAAAUUACUAAAACUGUUUUCGCCUGGUGCGAUUUUAGGAAUGGUGCUAUGUGUUUUGCCCAAAACCGUUAAUGGGUCGCCAAAAACUGUCUUUUUUUCUCCAAUUUUAGCCUCUAAUUAGUGGGGACUUCAUUGAAGAAUAUAAGUUCCUUUUAGAAGAAUCCAUCGACCGCCUUAUGAAUAAAAGUAAGUUACGUUUCCUCUUCACCUAGUUUUUAGUGCGAACAAAAAAAGAUUUUACCUUAAGUGAUUGUUGAACGAGGCCAAAUUAGACCCAAAAUCUAUCAUCAUGUAGUGGUUACUCACAUUUUUUGGCGCACAAAGCCGUUUACGUGUAUAAAUCUACGUCUUUGAGUAACGUUGGUUCUUUGUAAUAUAGUCAAACCUGUAUUAAGCGGUCAGCGAUGGGGAAAGGCAAGGUGGCCGUUUAAUACAGGUAUCGUAGAAUAGGGGCAAUACUAAAAAAGAUAAAAAACGCUACUUAAUGUAAAGAAAAAAACACGUCGCUCAAAAAUACUGCUAAGAUUGAUUUCGAAAGAGGAAUAUGGAUUAAAUUUUACUUGAAGUAUUAUUCUUAAUUUUAUUUGAAUGGUUUCGCUUUACGUGACCGUUCAAUACAGGUGAAGACAGUAAAAACGUGCCGUUGGGACUCACUCAAAGGUGACCACGCCUGCUCAAAAGAUGUGACCGUUUAAAUGGGUAAAAUUACGGUGUUUAAAGGGCAACAAAUUUGGAAUUAUCCAACACAGGGUGACCGCUUAAUACGGUGUCGCUUAAAACAGGUUGGAGGGUAUUUAUCUUUCUUCUGUUGGCCGUCUUGAUUACCUUGGUUUUGGCUGAACGACACCACAAGAAAAAGCGCUCUAAUUUUUAUAUUUUUAGAGGGGAAUGGGUGAAAAAAGGAAAUAUAGGUAAGCUGAAACAUUGCUGUUUUUGUUUUAAAGAUUCAAUAUUAGCAAAAGACUGUUAUAGUGCUGAGGAACAAAAGCGCAAAUUCUGUCCAGCGGUGUGUUGCUUUGCCGUAUAUCACGACGUCCCGUUGCCGCGCAGUUUACCAUCUUUACUCCAGCAAGGUGACGUUUGUAGUUCGUUUUUCAUAUAUUCCUCCUUUUUUUUUGGUUUUGAUGUGAGUAACCCCUGAAGCAACUAUGUUGUUUGAAAGUGUUCAGUAAAUGUUUCAAAUUUCUCCUUUAGUGAGAACGGUAACACAGUUGUGGAACAAUUUUGAUUGUUAUCAGCCAGUUUUAAGCGCUAAAAAGGCAGUGGGAGCGCCAUUGUAAACUAGUGGGCGGUGGAAAAAGAAAAGAUUAUGCGUUUCCUCAAUAACUGGAUAGUAGGCGGCUGUGCGUGUGGAGACUUCUCGCGGCAUAACGUACUGUCCGUACGUCCCAGCAUCUUUCUGAGAUGAGGUUACGUUUCCUCCUGUUUCAGCGGUUUUGAUGGGCUAAACUAGUUCAUUUAGGUUCAAUGUAAAAUUUACUUUAACUGCUGUGUGCUUCCACGCCAAGCCGUUGAAUAGAAGUGAGGUUAAAGCUAACUCCAUCUUGAUAUAAACAUCAUGACUUCAAAUAAAAAUCCCUUUGUCAUUAUUUGAGUUCCUUUCCUCUAUCAUUGUAAAGUCACUUCUAGUCUCGCUGCCAUUUAAAGGCUUGGUUGCAUUUCACGUAACUGAACUAGAAUAUUGUCGGUUUUGCUUCCACAGGCAAUAUUCCCAGUCUAGCAGAGAUGCUGCAGGGUUCAGAAGAUCUGCCACUGACAUUAACUGCAAUGCUGAGACUGCAAGCCCAAAGCUAGUUCCUUUCCUUGCUUUUGCAAAGAAUCUAUUCAACUGCGUGACGGUGGUAUGAACAACAAAGAAAAUGCUCUUUUUAAGUUGUAAACUUUCGGUUGAAAUGCUCAAUUAAGCUAGCCCGGUUGGUUAAGAAAAAUAAAGGACUGGGGCCUGGGACGAGUGUAUUCUCGAGUCGCUGAGAACCAGAGAAAGGAAGGAAGAGUCAGCGCUCUCUUCAUUUCUGUUUUCCUUCUUUCUUUCACGGUCCGUUUUCAUGCUUUCUUU